AUGGCAAGCAGAAAUGAGAACGUCCCUGCCGAAGUCUACUACGAUGCUUAUGUAGUCGACUGUGACAAGGGCAUUCAGUUUAAAGGUGGAAACAAGACACAAUUGCUUGGUGGAUCAUUAAACUACUAUGAGACGACUCCCCAACUAAAUGAGCACUCCCAACUAAAUGUCGACCCAACUACUGAUAUCCAUGUUGCUCAGUCUGAAAGCAACGAAAUGUCACAUGACUAUCAUGCUCAAAAUGGGUUACCGGAUGAAGUAGUUGGUGACUUCAAUGACGACGAAGACAAAAUUUUGGCGGACAACAACAACAACAACAACAACAACAACGAUAAUGACAUACAGUUCCUUUUCCCGAAAACAUCAACUAAAAAUGUCUAUCGUCCAUCUCCAAAUAGCGCUGAUGUUAGUGACAAUCAAGUGCCUGACAACCCUGACUAUAGGCAUUUUUUGGACCAACAACAACAAUCUAACUUGCACGAUAAUGAGUUGUAUGUUGGUCAGCGAUUUUGUCAAUUAGAGGACCUGAAACGCCGUAAAAAUGUGGAACAUUAA